UUUGAGCUCUCCUCUCAAAGUGGUUUUUGCGGAUUGAGUCGACUUUGGAGGGAGAGAUUUUUUUUUGUCUAGGAGUCUUUGUCCCGUUACUGUCCCACCAAAAUGGGGUGGUGGUGCCUUGCAACAAGGCUGGUUCUUGUUGUCCUUCUGGCUCCUAGAGUGUGGCUUCAGUUUAUUCCUACAACAGGUCAGGUAAAGGUAGACUGCCUAGGCAGUCUUGCCAGACUAAAACUGAAUUCAGGCUAUUUCCAGCACAAGUACAUCAGCCUUGCUGCUAUCGACAAGUUUGGCAGGGCUUGGCCAUUAGAUGCUGUUCUGGCUACAAAAUGUGGAUACACCAUCUCUCAGGAUGUCUGGGGAAACGUUGAACUCCGUGCCUCCGAUGAUCGGUCUUCCACUCUGAACAUCCAAAUCAAGACAGGAAGGGACCCAGAGCUGCGUGAUGCUGCUGUGCUAGAUGUCCCAAUAAGGUGCUCCUAUGGCCCAUGGCAACCCCGGGAAAUAGUCUGUGAAGCAAAUUACAUGGAGGUCUCUGUAAGAAGGAAUGUGCCACCAAUUCCAGAUGGAUUCAUUCAGGAUCAACCUGAGGAUUGGCUUCCUCAGGAUCAACCUGAAGAUUGGGAAUCUGCCUUCCCAGAGGUUCAAGCAGGAGCACCUUCCAUUUGGCAAAUAGUCUUUCACAUGGACAGAGGGAAAAAAGCCAUGCUAGUUGAAGAAGCUCAUGCUGUUGGUUAUGGGGUCAACACCACAGACACAAGGAUAGUAUUGAGGGCAUCCUAUAAUGCGUCUGAAGCUCAGAAGCUGGAGGUUAGUGGGGUUCCUUUCUCAUCGGUGAGAUCCAGUACCUACUACAAGCAGCGCUGGAUGCUCCUGAUGGUGGACACAGCUGUAGCUUGCCCUAUAGAUGGUGUGACCUAUACAGAAGAGACCAUCAUUUGGACUGUCCCCAAAGGCAUCACUCCUCUUCUGGCUGGAGGAGGUACUGUCAAAGAGUUGCAGGUGGAGAUGGGCAUCAACUUGACAAAGCUUCCUGUCCAGGAGAGGGAACGCCGGGGGUACACUUUGGCCAGUGACAAGGACUCUAUUGUUGUUAAGAUCCCAAUUGGUGCGCCUGAUGGAAGCUACAAGAGUGAUGUGGUGGAUGGGAACCUGAUGACCACCUAUCAAAUCAAGCCCUUCAUAAUGCAUCUGUGGGAAGAUGACAAGAGAGGCAUUACUAAGCAUACCAUCCUGAAGGACAUCAACACCCCUCUGCAACUUGUGCCAGUGACCAUUACAGACCACACGAAUGUUAGCCUGCAGCUCUUCAAUGCAACCAUUGGGUCCUUCUUGCCUGAUGUGGAGUUGGUUAGCGUGACGGUGGACGACUCUGGGCCCUUGACGCUGCCUGAGGCUGACAAGAAAGGUUAUAAGGUGUAUGAAACCAAACACCCCAAUGGCAGCAGGGACUGUAUCCUGCAAGUGCCUUUUGUUGCCCCCGGGGUUGUGAAGGAGUAUGUGCCAGAUAACAUGAGAAACUACACCAUCACCCCCAUAUUGGGAUUCAUUGUGGUUCCUCAGAGAAAACCCUUUAAUGUCCCAGUCCCUCUGGCUGCCCUGGUCAGAGAUGCAGUGCUGCCCAAGGCUCAGGGAUUCUGCGAUGACCAAGCCCUCUACUUAGUGGUGAAGCGUGGCAAUGUGGACCAAGACUGGCUUCCCUUUGUGGGGGACACGCUCUUGAGCCAGGAGGCAGCCCAGAGCUUUGGCUACACAUUACAGGACAAUGGGACCCACUUGGCCCUGAGGGUGCCCAGAUAUGCCGCCCAUGUGCUUUAUGAGGAAAUAAGCUCUCUCGGGGUUGUGGCCACCUUCCGGCUCCAGCUGAAGGACCGGCUUGGUCAAACUAAAAUGAUAGAUUUUGCUGUUGCCUGCAACUUCUCUCCAAAAGACCUCAUUGACUGUCAGCCUAAUGGCACAAUGGUGAUCUCGGCCCUGAAGCUGCUUGGCAUCCCAGACAUGGAGACCUCUGGUCUAGUGCUGAAGGACAGGCGCUGCAGGCCAGCUUCAGUGACGGAAGGGGGAGCAACCUUCAUCUUCACCGUCAGCUCUUGUGGGACAACCCGCAAGUUUGAAAAUGACACCAUGAUUUAUGAGAACGAGGUCCUGUAUUUCCUCCCAGGACAAACAGCACCUGUCUAUCAGUUGAAAUGUGCUUGCCGAUACUUCAUUGGUGAUGCUCUGUUGGUCCAGUAUACCCCUACUGAAGUUCCAUCACCAAGCAUCCUGCCUGGGGUUGGGGUACUAGCUCUUGCUCUUAAGCUGGCCAGAGACCAGUCCUACAGGGACUUUUACCAGGACGCAGAGUACCCGGUGACUCGCUACCUUAGAGAACCUCUCUACUUCCAGGUAGAGCUUCUCCAUAGCCAGGACCCACAGCUGGAACUAUUCCUGGAGGAUUGCUGGGCCACGGCAUCAUCUGACAGGAACAGUUCUCCACAAUGGAACAUAGUGGUUGACAGCUGUGAGAACAUGGAGGACUCGCAUCAGACCACUUUCCACCAAGUCCCCAGGGAUUCUGACCCAUUCCCUAUGCAUCUGAAGCGGUUUGAAGUGAAAAUGUUUACUUUCAUUCUUAAUGGCCAGGCCCUUCAGGGGCAGAUCUACUUCCAUUGCAGUGCAGUAAUCUGUGAUUCCAGCUACCCAUCUUCCGAUGACCUCUGUGCCAGGCGUUGCAUUCCCAGAAGGCAGAGAGUUGGCCGCAGCAUUGAUUCUAACCGUGAUCUACAAGGAUAUGUUUCAUCUGGAGCAAUUGUGUUAGGAAGCAAGAAUCACACCUAGGCAUCUUUGCAACAGACUUGACUGAUGGCAGUUCAUAGCUGUUGAAAUAGCAAGUGGUAUUUAUUGCUGUCUAUUGCUGCUUAUGUAUUUCUUGGGCAAUAAAGGUUUGCAAUAGGCGUGUUCA